ACAAUAUAGCUGUCACGCCACCAUUCUUGAUCAAACUUCUUCUCUACCUUUGUAAACUAUUAUCUGUGAUAUCCAAAUUAUUGCCUGGACUUUUGCGUUCGCCGUGGCAGAGUCUGAAAGCGAGAGUUGAUGAAAUGAAUUCACUGUUCAACUCGGCUUUGAAGCAGUCAUCUGCAAUACGUCGCGAUCUUGAUAUAUUUGCCGAGUCACCGUCUACCACAUCGCCUGCGUUGCAGGGCCAAAUAUCCGCGUCACUUGCCUCUUAUGCGAGAACAAUAGACGACUACUCAACCCUAGCGAAAAGCGAAAUCAUCGCCGAAAAGAAAGAAAAAGCAGCAGAACGCGAGAGGAAUUUCCGCACAGCGUUGACCGAUUACCGACAACAGUUUGAGCGGCUGCGUAAAGAACGAGAAGAAGCGGCAUCCGUGACGAAUCGCAGUGAGCUCUUCGGUCGCCGCCCCCAUAAUGCUGCUACGCCUGAGAACCCCUACGCAGACUCCGCCCUCCCUCGAACAUCUGCCUUUGGAAAUGGAAACGCCUCCGGCUCCGGGUUGAGUUUCGGUGCAGGACCAGGCACAUACGAGCGCGAGUCGCAUGCUCUACGCGAGCAGUCGUUUUUCGCACAGACAAAUAACCAACUCGACGAGUUCCUGGACCGCGGCCGUGCAGUCUUGAAUGAUCUCGGACAGCAGCGAGAUAUACUGAAGGGCACACAACGCAGGCUCUACAGCGUGGGUAACACGCUGGGCAUCAGCGGCGAUACUAUCCGGAUGGUGGAGCGCCGGGCAAAAGAGGACAAGUGGAUAUUCUGGGGCGGAGUGGUGGUGUUUUUCCUGUUCUGCUGGCUUGUGCUUCACUUCUUGAGGUCGUGAGCACCCACCAAAGUCAGUUUCCAGCGUUCUGCGAGCAGUCCUGUAUAGAUACUUGUGUUUGUGGUUUGUUAUUGCCGGCGUUUGGGACAGAAUACCACUUUUACUUGCAAUGACGUGAUUUGCGUGUCUAUUAUACCUUGGGAAGAGGAACUCAAGUGCAAUUGAAGCCGUACAGCCGUACAGCCGUGCCCGAGAAGUAAAGCGAUGCCGAUGAUCGCUACGUAGACACACACAGAAAUGCCGCGGCUAAUCACCUCGACUCCGAGUAAGUUAGUAGUACUAUUAAUGAAC